AUGCGAUGCGCGAGCAAGGCCGCCGAGAGCGCGUCUGCACGUCUCUGUGCGGACGCCGAAGCAGAAACCACAGCAACUGAUGUCUCAUCGGUUGCUGAAGCGACCCAGCCUGUGUCACUUGGUGAUGCAGGCGCUGGUCAUGAAGACACUCGUGUCUUCACAGAGUACGAGCUCGGUGUCUCGUACUCUCCUGAUACGGAUGACGGAUCCGUAUCGACGGCGAUUGAAUCUAAGCCGCCUGCCAAGCGUGGCAUGGACGAUGCUUUGCGUCGCAGCAUCUUUGGUUCAUCUGAUGAAUCAGAUGAACCAUCGCCGAAGCGAAGGCGCUCGAGGUCGCGAGACUCGGGCGCUAAUAGUGGUGUCGGUUCUCCUAUGGACACCACUUCACAGCGAGGUGCCAGUGCUUCUGUCGGCACGUCGCAGGAAGAGCGGGACCGACGCGUCUCGCUCCUGAGAAGAAGGCAUGGAUGCCUCCUAAAUCAGUCAUGGAUCACUUGUCGGCGACGACGAGUGAUCGUUAUCGAACACGAUUGUUCGAUUCGUCAAGGAUCCAUCACCUUGACCCCAGCGCGAAAAACUAUCACGCUGAACAUGAAUUCUUCAUCGAUGCUUUCUUUAGACAUCGAUGGUACAGUGGGAAUCACAAACGUGAUGGUCCCUCACUACUUCAGGCGUGGAACGCCUACAUCCAUAACCUCGAGGAUGUAG